CCUCCUCAAGUUUGCCAUCCCUACCUCAACUGGCUCCCAUCAGCAGCAGCAGCAGAACAAGAAUCCAUCAAUCAUCGCAGAUCCAGAUCAACCACUCCAAUGGUUCACGCUCUCCCUCAGACCCACUCAAAAUCUCAUCCAUCCCAACGCCAAAAUCAUCUACUCAUCCACCCAUCCAACCACACUCCAGACCACCUCCACCCAAUCCCCUCUACUCAAUCAAGACGUCUUGGCUUACUCAGGCUGGUCAAUCGACCCCGAUCACAUCCAGUCCUGGUGGGACGAAGAACAUGCCUCAGUCGACCGGCCCUCGCCCGAAUGGGCCUCAGCCUAUCAGGAUCAUCGGGUCAGGGGAUGGGCAAGGAUCCUGAUCCAUCAGACCUCCGACAUGGAAUCUCACGAUGAUCUCCAUCAACUCAUCUUCGAAGGCUCAUUCGAACACGACAACCAACUCUGGCACAUCAAACCAUUAGAAUCCUUCCAACGUAUUCGCACUCACUCCGAUUCUGAUCCACUCCCCUGGCAGGCUCAUCCAACCGGCGGUCUCGUAGUCUGGAGAGAGUCUUCUGACCAUGCACCAAAUCCCGACGAGAUAGUCGCCUCGAGCUGUGCACACGACCAACUCUCCUUCAACUCCAAUCCUCAACAUGCCGUCUAUCAUGCUCCUCAACCACCCUCCUCCUCACAACAAAUUCAAUUUAACCCACCAAGUUCAUUCUCAUUAGCCUCGAUGACAAGCUUCCUGGAUCAUCUACUCGGAAUGCCCUCCUAUCGACCCGCUCAAAGUCCAUCAGCAGACAUCAACUUCAAUCAAUCCUCAAGGCUCGUUCCUCCUCCUUCGAACACCAAGACCAGAACUCUCCAUCGACGGCAAUCAAUGACUAAUGAUAUCACCUGGCUCGGUAACUCGACCACAUCUUCAAACUUCAUCAAUUCAAUAGGCUCGACGAUGGGAUGUCCGAUUGGAUCACGAGUGGUGUUCAUCGGGGUAGCGGCUGAUUGCACCUAUGUCUCAAAGUACAAAACUCAAGAUGCGGCCCGGAUGGCGAUCUUGAAUAACGUCAACUCGGUCUCCGCCAUCUACCAACGCACAUUCAAUGUCUCGAUCGGCGUCGUCGAGCUGAACGUCCAAUCGCCCGAAUGUCCGGCGAGCCCCAAGGCGGAUGCACUAUGGAAUGUAGCCUGUCCGGGAUCCGGGACAGGAGGACUAGAUCUCAAUCGACGGCUGAGUGUCUUCAGUGACUGGAGGGGCAAAAAGGGCGGUGGGGAUGGCGCCGGUCUUUGGCAUCUCAUGUCCGAUUGUUCUUCUGGUAGCGAGGUCGGCGUGGCCUGGUUGGGUCAACUUUGCGAGGUGGAAUCGCAAACUAGUAACACCGGUCAAGUCACCAGUGGGACCGGUGUAACUGCUGCUACCACUAAUGAAUGGCAAGUGAUGGCCCAUGAGAUCGGUCACAAUUUUGGAGCUAUUCAUGAUUGUGCUUCUGGAUGCGGCUUAUCGGAUGCAUGUUGCCCCCAGAGCCAAAGUAGCUGUAACAGCAAUGGAAAUUACCUCAUGUCACCAGUAGCCACCAAAAACACAACAAAUUUCUCACCAUGUAGUAUAGGAAACAUAUGUACCACACUGCAUAGCACGGUGAACACUUCAUGUCUAGUGACGCCGGGACGACGGGCAGUGAUUUCAUUACAACAGUGUGGGAACGGGAUCGUCGAACCGGGCGAGGAUUGUGAUCCGGGGCAGAACACGAACUCGAGCUGCUGCGAUCCACGGACGUGCAAGUUCCGAGCGGGUGCGGUGUGCGACCCAUUGAACGGACCAUGUUGCCAGUCGGACUGUCAAUUUGCGAGUUCGCAACAGGUCUGCAGGCCGUCGGCGAAUGCGGAGUGCGACCAGGAGGAGCGUUGUUCGGGAUCGGAUGUGCACUGUCCGGAUGACAAGUUUGCGGCCAACGGGAAGGACUGUGGGCCGAGCGGGAUGGGUCUCAAGUGUGCCGCGGGGAUGUGUACGAGUCGGGACGAGCAAUGCAAGGCCCAAGGGACGAUGCUCUCGUUGACGAAGGCCUGUCCGGUGGGUGCGACGAUGGACUGCAAGAUUGCGUGUGUGGACCCGACGGGAAGGGCGGACUGCAUUGUGCUGUCGACGAACUUUGUCGACGGGAGCGAGUGCGGCUACGGCGGGAGAUGUGUGGGCGGGAACUGCAAGGCCGGCAGCAUCAAAGACACCGCCGAGUCCUGGUUCAAAUCUAACCUGGCCAUCAGCAUCCCCAUCGCUAUCGUCGCCGGCCUCCUCGGCCUCAUGUUCCUCCUCAUGAUCUUCCGCUGUCUUCGCGAUUGUGCCACCAGAUCUUCCUCUCGUCCUCAGUAUGCUCCUCCCAUCGCCCCUGUCCCUCGCAUCAUUCCCACCCAUCCUCCGCCCACCCAACCUCCUCAUCCUUCUCAACGGAACUGGAUCGAUCCUACUGUGUAUAAUGGCCCGGUGCGGGUGUGAAAACCGAGUGUCCCAUCUUGCAUCUCUGUGUUUUUUUUUUUUUUUGGAUGUGUCCUUAUCACUCGUUUGCAUAAAAUAUUUAUAUACGUGUGCUAUUGCAUCUUUAGUUUCUCUCGUUAAUCCACCCAUAUCUUACCCGAACAAAUAAACAUUAACCUUUAUGGACGCAUUAGGGGACCACUUCCCAUUAUUAUUAUUAUUAUCAUGUUUUUUUUUUUUCUUUGUUAUCAACCCCAUUCUCUUUCUUUCUUUUACUUAUUUGCAGGAAGUCACCAGACAGACAAAAAGAAACUGAAAAUCUGUAUUUGUUUUACACACUUGAUUUUGCAUCUACAUUUCAUACUCAUGUAAUACACGGAUAUCCAAGUUGACUCGAAUAGAAUCAUCAUGUAGAACACCUAUCUCUCCCAUCAUUUGUUUUAUUUGCAGAUGUUCACUUUGACUCUCUUGUGUA